GCUGAAUUUUAAUAUGGGAUGGAUUCGCCAACAUCUGAUGUGCUUUUGCUCAGUGAAGACGACAGCGGUCUUUUGGUCAAUGGAUCAUUUUCAAACAGUUCUGCCAGUAGCAGUUCCAACAAGCAUUCACCGCAAUUCAAAUGUAAAGAAUGCGAUGAUGAGUUAUCAUUAAGUCAAGAGGAUUCUCUAAUUGACGAUUCUGACACAUCAUAUACACAACAAUUUAAUACAUUGAAAAAAUGUCCUAGUGUUCAAAAAUCAGAGAAUCCAAUUGAGCCUCCUGUUGAAUUUCAAGACCAUACAAAUUCUAUUAAUGUAUACUCUCCUCCGUUUGAAUUUAAAGACAAUCAAUGUAGGCAUAUUUGUUCACCUGUCUACACUAAUGAAUGCAUGAUUCGUGUUGAACAAUAUGCAGAAGGUUUUAUAAAGUCAUUGAUUAAUGACUCGCUGAAACACUUGGAUCCAUUGCAUGAUACUAGGCACUCAAAACAACAAAAACUGUAUCAUAAUUUAGGUAUUUAUUGGAAAACAAAUUACCGUUUACCAAAUGGAUCAAACAAUUCUUUGUUAUCAACUAUUUCAUCAUCUCAUAACUCCUUAUUUAAUGUAGUUUCUUCAGAUGAUUCUAAUUUUAUAUCUUCUGCCGUUUCACAUGAUGCUCUUAAUAGCGAUACAUAUACAUUACCAAUUGAUAGUUCCCCAUUUAAUGUAGCUUUUCGGCGACCAUUGAGGAAAAAAAGAAAAUUUCGUGACCAGUGCCAUUCCAUACCACUUAGUAAAAAAUCAGGGGAAAAAUGUGUCAAUGUUCAAGAGCCCAUACAUAUGACUGUAAAAGACGUACGAACAAUUCUUCAUAAUAUUUAUAGUAAUACAGGAGAGUGUAGCAAACCUGAAGUUGCAAAUGUAUCAAAAUGCAAUGAAGUACAAAAUGAUCACAACAAAGAGAACUGUGUUAGCAAAAUAUCAUCGUCUAAAUGCAAAAUCAGAAAAAAAUCGUUUAUGGUGAAUAUUAAACAUAAGAAAGCUAAGGACAAUAGAACUGCAGAGGAUAUUGGUGGUCAUAGUUCUAGUCAUUCAACAAGAAAAAUCUUUUGUUCAUCUCCAUUUAUCUCAUCAACAAAAUCCAACUUUUCUUUUAGUUUAAAACAAACGUUUUGUAAUAUUUUUCGUUCACGUAAAAGUACUUCGACAGACUUGGACCCUGAAUUGAACCCAACAGAUACUGUUGUUCUUUUAGACGUAACUAAAGAGGCAACAUUUGAAAAUCGUGCACUUCCACCCGUGCCUGAUGAUGGGCCCAGAGAUACAUAUGAACGAGAGACUAGUAUGGAUUUUGCUACUAGCAUUGAAAAAGUGAAAGAUUAUGGAUGGUAUUGGGGUCCAACAUCAGGAGAAGCUGCUGAAAAAAUACUGUCGAAUGAACCUGAUGGAUCGUUUAUUGUACGUGACAGUAGUGAUGAUCAUUAUAUAUUUUCAUUGACAUUUAAAUUGAAUGGUUUUGUUCGGCAUGUCAGAAUUGAGCAUGAUCAAGGAAAUUUUAGUUUUGGUAGCUGUACAAAAUUUAAAAGUCACACAAUUGUUGAAUUUGUUGAAAACGCAGUAGAACACUCUCGCAGUGGAAGGUAUUUGUUCUUUUUGCAUAGACGUCCCAUUCUUGGACCAAUGAGAGUUCAGUUACUCCAUCCUGUUUCUCGCUUCAAACAAGUUCAAAGCUUACAACAUAUGGCCAGGUUUGUCAUUUUGAAGACGGUGCGACGAGAUUUGAUCCACAAAUUGCCAUUACCCAGACGACUGAUUGAUUAUUUAAAUACACCUCAUUAUUAUUGUGAACAACUAUGCAGCUCUGACAGUAGCCAAUCAUCGACUCCUACUCCAGCUGUACAUCUAAUAUCAUUUACUCCACCUUGAAUUUAUCAAUUUAUCAUUAGGAAUUUAUAUUAUCGAUAAAAAAAAAUGAAUACUUUUUGUCAAAUAUAUUGACUUGUAGCAAGACAUAUUUAAAAAUGUAACUAUUAAAACCAGUCAUAACUAUGUGUAUUCAUAUUAUUUCACAUACAGUAACAGUUAAAUAAUUUGGCAAUUCAACUAUUUAAAAUAAUAUAUUUAAAAAUAAUGUCAUGAAACAAUAAAUAAUACAAACUACAUUUUUAUUAUAGAAAACAAAUAAUAAUUAUUAUAUAAUAUUAAAUAAUGUGAAAGCAUAUUAAGAGCUUAAAUUAACUUUAAACCGUUAUUUAUUUAUUUUUUAAUCUGGAAUUCUUUACACCAGAUUAGUUUGAUCCUGUUAUACAGACUUUUAGUUGAGUUUAAAUUGUACAAUUAUUUAUUUUUAUACUUAGGGAAACUAACAUUGUAUUGAUUUUGUAAUAAGGGCCUGUACUUAAUGUAGUAUUAACUUUGUCAUUUUCCUACUAGUUAAUCAAUUUAAUUUAAAGAUUGAUCUUUUAAAUUGAUUAAUUACUAUCUAAAUUGACAAAGGAAAAAUUGUAUAUUGUUAAAAAAUAUAAAAAUGUUGUAUCAAU